AUGGGACUCCCCGACGGAUCCCCAGUUCUCCUCCGCCCGCAUCCGGGUCGCCGCCGGGAGAAGCCACAGCUCUCUUGCAAUUCCUGCCGCCAGCGAAAGCGAAAGUGUGACCGCCAAAGGCCUUGUUCUCAUUGUAUAAAACGACAUCUCGAGUCCACAUGCACUUACACCGAUUCCUCAUCGCCAUCUUCCGAGUCUAGACAGCUCCACGCCGAUCCCUCUGCCACCUAUGAUAGCACUGUGAUACACCCGACGGAGUUCUUGAAGAGGUAUAACGCUUUCUGGGAAGACCCUAUUGCGGCCUCUGUCUCCUGGCUUGGCCUCUUGUACAGUAUCUUCUGCCUCACUACACAAGUUCAGAGCCAGGAGAGCUGCCUUUCGAGAGCCCCGGAAACCUCUUCAUGCCCCCUGCCAUCCACAGAGAUGCCGAGGAUACUCGUCUACCGAGAAAAGGUCGUGCAGUGCCUUAUACAAGCUCAGUUUGCCAAAGGAGGUCCGGAUAUCAUGGAAACCCUUGUUCACUACAUCGUUAUCGAGAACAACCUGAACAAAGACUCCAACAUUGGGGUAUGGCUCUUGAUGGGUAACAUUGUUCAAAUAGCCAUUCGCAUGGGUUACCAUAGAGACCCCCGGCACUUUAAGUCCUUAUCUCCAUACCAAGGAGAGAUGAGACGCCGGAUGUGGGCUAUGAUCUACUCGCUCGACACAGGAUUCGCAACCCAAAUGGGCCUUCCGAGUAGCAUCAAGCACUCGCUCAGCGACACCGCGCCACCUCGAAACCUACAGAACAGUGACUUUGAAGCCUGCUCGACUGAACUGCCGCCGGCGAGACCUAUCGACGAGCUUACCUCGAGCACAGUGAUUAUUACCAAGUUUCAUGUCGCCGUCUGUAUGGGUGUUGUAUCGGACAUGGUCUCCAGUCCUCACGCGCUUACUCCCGAGGAUAUUCUGGCGGCAAAUGGGAAACUAGAAACGACAUAUUCAAGCCUUCCUAGACCAUGCCAAUUUCGUCCCAUGUCCGAGUCACUACUGGACCCUCCAAGCGUCGUAUCUCAGGCAAGUAGCAUGGCUAUUCCUCAAAGGAGAGGGUACACGGACCUGCUGACAUGUUCUUCCUCCGGGCAGAGAAUCAACUUUUACAUGCACUACCAGAGAGCCAGAAUUCUUAUCAACUGGAAGUUUCUUGGUACAUCCCAAGAACCGACUGACAGCGACCAGUCCUGGAGUGUCGUCAUCGAGGCAGCCUUGGAGAUCCUACGGCUGCAACACCUCAUGGGGGAAGAGUCCGAGGUCUUGGACGCAUCCAGGCCUACUGGCAUUCCCGACUCUUGUUUCAUGAACAACGGAUACUUUUUAGCGGCUAGCGUCGCAUGCUUUAUCGUCCAGCAUCGCAAAGACAAACUAUCGCCUCAAGAUUUGACCGAAGUACGGAGCCUACUGGAAAGAAGCCUGGCCAUCUGGAGUAGCACAAACGACUUAUCCAGAGAAGCAAGCAAAGUAGUCAUGGCUCUGAGAGUCGUGCUAGGAAAGCCGGAAGAGCUUGGGCCUCAAGUGAGAGAAGUACCUGAUGCGUAUGGCAGAAGUGAAAUUCCGUUUUCUAGUUUCACUUCGUUCUUUGAUGACCUUCCUUUGAUGAUGGCAGACGCUGACAAUACGGGUUUUCCCUCACUGAUGGAUUAUUGGCCACAAGGAGAUGGGAGUAUGUAG